AUGGGGAUUCCUCGUCUUAUAUCUACCCUAGAGCCCUAUGUCGUUCACGGAGUUCUCGACAAUGAAAGUGUGGUCAUUGAUGGUCCUGCACUAGCCUAUCAUGUUCUUUACAUUUGCAACAGGCAUGAAAUUCCUCAGCCGUCGUACAAAGUCCUUGGUGAUACUACCAUAGCAUGGCUGGACGCGCUCAUCGAACGUGGUGUCAAUGUCGACGCCAUAUACUUCGAUGGAUAUCUCCCACCAGACAAAGAACCAGUUCGUAUGCACAGAAUGGUUAAAAGCCUUGAUCAGUUAAAGAGAAUUCAUUCUACUGAAACCGGCGGCUACUUCCCAGCGUAUUUCUCAACCCCUGAUGAAACCUUGCCCACUCUCUUCUCUGCCGCAAGACCACCAGUAGGAAAACCGACGAUACCACCCAGCUUUCAUGUCCCUGCUAUAAUCGAUGCUUUGAAACUCUCACCACGCUAUGCAAAGCUUGUGCAUCUCGUCCCAGGGGAGGCUGACGCAUACUGUGCACAACAUCUCUCACAGUCGGGUGGCACAGUCCUGACCUCCGAUUCGGAUUUAAUCGCUCAUGAGUUGGGAAAGGGAAGCGUCGUUUUCCUCCGAGAUAUUUAUCUGGAUGAGAAUUCUCAUCUCGCAUGCGCGAGGUUUAAUCCUACACAUAUAUCUGAGAAACUCAAGCUUGCUUCCUCUGCAGAAAUUUGUCGAUUUGCAUAUGAACGAAAGUGUUCUCCACAUUCGACUCUGCCGCAGCUCUUACAGGAUUGCAUAAAGCCAGUUGCUGAUAAAACUGGAUAUACUGAGUUCUGUCGCGAGUAUCUAGACCAUGUCGUUGCUCCCAUGCCUAUCUCUGCUCAUGGGACUCCGAUACCGAUUGACAAUCUGGACCCAAGGAUAUCCGAGAUGGUGCUACAACUGGCACAAAAAGAUGAUCAGAUGAAAGAAGUCUCUGAGCCUAAGAUCUUCCUCCCAAUCUUGUUGGAAAACACACAAAGGGGAAGUGCCUGGGAGCAGAGCACACCAAUCCGACAGCUGGCAUACACAAUCGCUCGUUGGCUCAUUCCCGGACCAUCCUCAGCCGUGCAGGAGUAUCGCCGUGUCAACACCACGGUGCAAAAAGGACGACAAGCUAUUAUGCUAUCCGAAGGAGAGGCAAGAACCUGCGCGGAGAGACUUACGAGGCUAAUGGCCACGAUCAAACUACGGACUCGGAAUGAUACAAAUCUGGCAUGGCAUGUAAUUUGUUUGGCCCAGGAUAUCCGAUAUUGUCACGAAGAGGGCAAACAGUCACACACACUGCAGACACUAGAGACGAACUCACAGAAGCCGCUGCUCAAACGGGUUUCUUGGGAUACCAUUCACUUCACGGCGCACCUACAAGCGGCCUAUUACUCAUUCCGGCUUUUAAAACAAGUUUUAUCGCUUGGACAACCCAAAAAGGUUUUGCCAGAGUUAUGGGAUAUGAUAUCGUCACUACCACCUCUAGCGGAAUGCCCUGAUAUCAACAGUACGCUUGAAUUGUUACAAAAUAGCAAUGAGACACGAAUUUAUGAAGCAAUUGCCAAAGCUGUGCCGUUGCCCAAUGUCAAUGUGGGCGAAAAGCCGAAACGGACAGCGAAGAAUAAAAAGGGAAGGAUUACCAAGGAGAACUCGCCCAAAACGAAAGCAAGAGUCACAAAGUCUGGAACAAGGAAUAUGUUUGAUCUUUUGUCUCAUGAUAGUUGA